ACAUUUAUAUCAUCGCUGUCGAACUUAAAGAGGACCACAAUAAAUAUCAGUUUGUUCCACUCGUCCUUCAAAAACAUAACCAAGUUCAUAUUUUGUCAGGCUUUUCAUUUAGCUUCAAGCUUAUAUAGAACCAUGGCUUCCGGAGGACAACAAUCAGCAGCCCCCAUCCUCUUGGUGCUUAACCUAGUCUUGUACUUCAUAGUUACAGCAAUUGCUUCCUGGGCAGUCAACCAUGGGAUUCAAAGGUCUCGUGAAACAGCAUCAAAUCUGUCGCCUCCAGUUCAGUUGUUUCCGAUAUAUUUUCCAAUUGGGAAUGCAGCAACUGGUGUGUUCAUAGUCUUCUCUCUGAUUGCUGGUGUGGUGGGCUUCACCACCUCACUCACUGGAUUGCAGAAUGUAUCCGAUGGGACUCCGUCUGGCUUAUAUACUGCAGCCACAUCUUCACUCACAUCUUGGGCUCUCACCUUACUAGCCAUGGGAUUAGCUUGUAAAGAGAUUGAAGUUGGUUGGACGGACGCAAGUCUGCGAUCUUUGGAGAUUAUCACAAUUGUUGUGAGUGGAACACAAAUGCUGUGCACUGGGGUUAUCCAUGCAGGGGUUCCUGGCUGAUUCUAAGAUGAACAGAUUCAUGGCAUGGCAAGUCUCUGGAAAAUAUUCUACGAUAUAUCACCAUAAAGAAUUCAACUUUUCUUUUACUGUUGUUUUAAUUACAUAUAUUUUUUUUUUUUCUAUUCUUUUAUGUCUGGGUGACAGUAUAUAUGGAAUGAUAAAUUUUACCUCGUA